AUGGAAAAAUUUAAAGAUAAAAUCAAUUCACUCCGAGCUGAAGCAGAUCAUGCAACAGAAAGAGCCGAGGAGGCAGAAGCAAAUUUAAAGAAAGCAAAUGAAGAAAUAAUAGCCAAAGAACAAGAAAUCAUUUCACAUCAAAAUAAAAUAACACUUUUAGAAGCGGAACUUGAGCGAGCGGAGAAGAAACUUUCGGAUAUUAAACUUGCAAAGGAUGAAGAAGAAAAUAGUAAAAGUGUUACUGAAUCACUUCAACGAAAAAAUGCUUUACUUGAAAAAGAAUUAGAUAAUGCCGAGAAGACUUUAAGAGAGACGACUGAAAAAUUACGUCAAACAGAUGUAAAAUCGGAACAUUUUGAAAGAAAAGUUCAUCAGCUUGAAUCUGAAAAAUUCGAAUUAGAAAAAGCACUUGAACAACAAUCUGAAGAGUUUAAAGCAGUUAAAGAAGAACUUGAUGCCACACUUAAAUCAAUUGCUGACCUUUAA